AUGGUGUCCGAUAUUAAUUUUUAUAAUAAUAAUAAAGAUGAGCAUAUUAAAGCCAACACUUUUUCAAUGGAUCAAAUUUGUCAAUCUGCAGCAUCAAUAUCUCCAAUAAUAACAUCAACUUUAACAAAUUCUCAACAACAGCAUCACCAACUACAACAACAACUACAGCAACAACAACAGCAGCAACAAAAUAAUAUAAUAACAAAACCAACAACUACUUCAAUAUCACCAUCAUGUACAGUACCAUCAAGCCCAAUAAAUAAACCUUUAAAUAAUUUUAAUAUAAAUGAUGACAAUACCAACAAAAAUAAUAAUAAUAAUUAUAAUAUUAAUAAUAAUAUUAAUAAUAAUAAUAACGAUAAUAUAAAACUACAAUGCGAAAUAUAUGGAUUCCAUCGAUUUAUAACUUCAGCUAAAGGAGAUAUAUCUAUUAGUUCACUUUAUAAAGUAUUAGAAGAAGAAAUUAAACAAAAUUAUAAACUUAAAAUUAAAAUAUUAUUUAUUAAUGAUUCAACACAUAAUAAAUUAUCACCAGAUUCAAUUGUAAAUAAAGUUUUAAAGCAAUCACAACAAAUAUAUCUUUAUGUGACAUGUGAAAAAUAA